AUGGAACAAGACCAUCGUAGGUUGGAUUCGAAGGUGAUUGCCCAACACAUUUUCGCAAUGGUUAAAGCAGAUCCAACAAUCAGCAUCAGGUUUCUGCAAGGAGGUGUGGAGAGUAACUUCGGUUACAAGGCGUCCUAUAGAAAAGGUACUUGGGUACAACUUGUGACACAGCUUUGGCCUGGUUCAACCGACACUGUCAUGUUUCAUCGGGUUUUUUGGACGUUUUCACCGUGUGUUGAGGCUUUCAAGCAUUGCAAGUCACUUAUUUUCAUCGAUGGCACCCACUUAUAUGGUAAAUAUGGUGGGACGUUGCUAAUGGCCAUUGCUCAAUAUGACAAUGCAAACAUUUUGCCAUUGUUGAGGCAUGUGACACCACAACCCGGCGUCUUAGUGAUUUCAGACAGACACAAAUCAAUUGAUGGUGCGCUGAAUGCUAAGGGAAGUUUAUGGAAACCACCUCAUGCCUUCCAAGCCUUUUGUACAAGACACAUCGUUGCAAACUUCAUUACUUACUUCAAAAACAAGGAGUUGAAGAAGAUUAUGAUUAACGCAGCGUAUUCGAAGUCGCAGCGUGAGUUCGCUCAUUAUUUUUGCCGUUUGAGGGGCGAAAAUGUAGCAAUCACAAAUUGGCUUGAAGAAAUGUCUCGGUUACAGUGGGUGCAGUAUGCAGAUGAAGGUCGUCGAUUUAGUCACAUGACGACAAAUAUCUUCGAGUUCAUUAACGCUGUCAUGAAAGGUUCUCGUAAUUUGCCAAUCACGGCUCUUGUUAAGUCAAGUUAUUUCCAUUUGGGUGAACUUUUUGGCAGGAAGGGUUCAGAGGCCCUUGCCCAACUUCAAGUCGGUGCUGAAUUCUCACAGACGUUUAUGAAGGCCAUUGAAUUCAACUCGAAGCACGUCAACACUAUGAAUGUUUACCAGUUUGAUCUGUCGAGGAUUAACUUCACGGUUGAAGAGUUAGCAGCCGUGCCUGGGUCCAGACAACAGAAUUACCAAGUGCUACUUGAUGAGGGUAAAUGUGACUGUGGGUAUUUUCAGGCUCUUCAUCUUCCUUGCCGUCACGUCUUUGCAGCUUGCUCUCAUGCAAGACUAGAUUGGAAGCGGUUUGUACAUCCUGUGUAUCGCAUGGAGUCGGUCUUUAAUGUUUAUAGAUCAGAAUUUUGA